AUGAGAAUCGAAAAAUGUUAUUUUUGUUCUUCACCUAUAUAUCCUGGACAUGGAAUACAAUUCGUUAGGAACGAUAACACAGUAAGUUUUCUUAUUUGGUAUGCUGAUAUUUUGUAAUUAUUUCAGGUGUUCAAGUUUUGUCGAUCACGUUGUAAUAAAUUGUUCAAGAAGAAGCGUAAUCCGAGAAAGUUGAGGUUCACAAAGGCAUCGCGGCGAGCUCGUGGAAAGGUCCGUUUUCCUGUUUAAAUAUAAAAUUAUCAACCAAAUUUUUUGUUCAAUUUUUUAAUUGAUAGCUCAAAAAUAUGCCGAUUUAUGGAGCGAAUAAGAAACGUAUCCAAGCUUUUCAUUGGCAAUAUGAAGUGUGACAAUAUCUUUUUUGAUAUUAUUUUUUCAGGAGUUGAUUAACGACGCUACACAGUUGUUAGAACAGAGAAGAGAUGAGCCUGUGAAAUACGAACGAGAAUUGUACAAAAACACGAUUGAAGCCGCAAAGACAAUUUCAGCACUCAAACAGAAGAGGUGAGUAGGAAAUUUUUCGAUUUGAAACUCUUUUUUUGGAUUUAUAAACAUUCAUCAAAGAGAUUUUUUUAACUUCUUAACAUUUUUCACCUCAAAAAAACUAUUUAGAGAUUUUUUUCUCAAAAAAAUUUUUUUCAAAAUGCAGUCCGAAAAAGAAUUUUUUUCUAUCCGCUGUCUUUCAAAUAUGAAGAAAAUAUUCGUAGGUUCAUUACUUAAAAGUGUUUUUUUUCACGAACCAGCAAAAAAAAUAACAAAUAUUAAAAAAAUGAAGACAGGGAAAUCGAAUUAUCCCACUGUUAAAACCUUCGAAAAUCGCUGUUGCAGUUUUAUUCCUCCUUUUUUUAUUAAGUCUUGGCGCAAAAUUAAAAAGGGAUUUUUGGUGUUAGUUUUGGGAUAGCUUUGUUUAUGCAGAGGCUCAUUUUUUUGGCGGAUUUUUUAAAAAAAGAUAUUCUUUAAUUCUUAUGUGUUCAUCUGUAAAACUGUGAAUCUUGAGGUAUGCGAACUUGAUCCGGAAGCGCCUGCAGCCCGGCAAGCAGGUCGUCAGGAAGGGUCUGCUGGCCAAGGUCGACAAGAAGCUGCACCUCAUCAAGGCGCCAGUGGCGACCAAGGUCGGCGGCAAGCAAAAGACGUCGCAGAAGCAACGCGAAGAAGCCAUGGAGACCAACUGA